AAGCACACGCACAAGAGCGAGCGAGCGAGCGAGAGAGAGAGAGAGAGAGCAACUGUGUGACAGAGGGAAAGAGAAUGAGGCAAGCUGCUUAGAGGAGUGAGAGAGCCAAGGAAGAAAUAAGGAACACAUUUUACAAGAGCAGGAAGAGGGAGGAUCGCAGACGAGGGACUCCUUCUCCACUGGACACCUGGGACACUGUCACUGUGGCUUUUUUUUCACUCGUCUUCUAACUGGAACCCAGUGGAUUGACUAACCGACCGGUGGAUUUCUUUUUAAUACACGCGUCUGCCACAUCCUUCAGAAACUAGGAUCUUUCCUCUGUGCGCUCUGUCCUCUUGCUGUAGCUCGACCGACCACAUCUCUCCCACAGACUGAGAUUUGCUUCCCGUGCCGGGCUCAUAUUCUCUCGUGUUGCGAUUCCGCUCCGUGCACAAAGUGCAUCUGUCGGCAACCGGUGCUGAGGAUAUCUCCCCUCUCUGUCAAACAGGACGGCACGCAGCCACUGUCGGAUCAGACUACACAGGAGAGAGAGAGAAGAGAGAGAGAGAGAGAGGGAGAGUGUGUGUAUGUAAGAGAGGGACAGAGAGAGAGAGGGGCAGUGAGAGCGAGUCAGAUUCACAGUGUGGUUCAGAGAGAGGCAGAUUAAAGCCCAGGCAACAACAAAAAAAGACUGGAGUGAAGCAGCUUAAAUAGAGAAGUGAACCUACACGUCCUCUUCCCGUUUUCCUUGCCAUCCCUCUCCUCCUCCUCUCCUCCUCCUCUUCCUCUCCCAUUCUCCAACAUUUUACAGGACUGCCAGAUCUACUGCCACCUGCACCGCUUCUCUUUCCUCCUCUUCCUCUACCUCACCCUCGCCACACGUUACAAUCCGACACCGGCCGCUCACAGAGACGCUGCGCCCGGUCCCGUAGCACUUGUGGAAAUAUUUCAAUUGAUCCAGCAGUGAGAGACUGAGCGAGCAUCCGCCCCGGCGCCGAGGCUUCCCGGACCGUUCACCAGGACCAUCGCCACGCUGUUGUCCCCCGCUCCCCACGCAGACCCUGCCUUCUCCCUGGAGGACCGGCUAGCGACACAGUGGUGCGGACAGCGAAGACAGGAAUCGCUCAGCCUCCUCCGCUGCCUCCAUCCCAUUUGCUCGCAAUUUGGCAACCCCCAACCCGGUGUCACCAUUCCCUGCCUCUGUGCUAAGGAUUCCAGCUACAUGGGCAAGCGAUUGGAGCAGCAGCCAAUGUACCCUCAGUACACCUACUACUACCCCCACUAUCUCCAGACCAAGCAGCCCUAUGCUCCACCCCCUCAUCCGAUGGCUCCUCCCAGCCCCAGCACCAACAGCUGCAGCCACGGAGGGGCGGAGCAGCUGAGCAAGACCAACCUUUAUAUCCGAGGCCUGCCACCCGGGACCACCGACCAGGACCUCAUCAAACUCUGCCAACCGUACGGAAAAAUAGUGUCAACCAAGGCCAUUCUGGAUAAGAACACCAACCAGUGCAAAGGCUAUGGCUUUGUGGAUUUUGACAGCCCAGCUGCGGCACAGAAGGCCGUGUCGUCUCUCAAAGCCACUGGGGUGCAGGCCCAAAUGGCCAAGCAACAGGAGCAAGACCCCACCAAUCUGUACAUCUCCAACCUGCCGGUUUCUAUGGACGAGCAGGAGCUGGAGAACAUGCUGAAGCCCCUGGGCCACGUCAUCUCCACGAGGAUACUGAGGGACGCCAACGGGGUCAGCAGAGGAGUUGGUUUUGCCAGGAUGGAGUCCACAGAGAAGUGUGAAGUAGUGAUACAGCAUUUCAAUGGAAAAUACCUGAAAACCCCGCCAGGCAUCCCAGCUCCCAUAGAGCCUUUGCUGUGCAAAUUUGCAGACGGAGGGCAGAAGAAACGCCAGAGCCAGAGCAAGUACCCUCAGAACGGGAGGCCGUGGCACAGGGAUGGCGAGACUGGCAUGGCGUUAACAUACGAUCCCACUGCGAUGCAGAACGGGUUCUACUCCUCGCCUUACAGCAUCGCCACCAACCGCAUGAUCGCACAGACCUCCAUCACGCCCUUCAUCGCUGCUUCCCCCGUUUCCACAUAUCAGGUCCAGAGUACGUCAUGGAUGCCUCAUCAACAAUAUGUUAUGCAACCUACAGGUGCAGUGAUCACGCCAGGCAUGGACCACACUAUGUCCAUGCAGCCUGCCAGCAUGAUGGGCCCUCUCGCCCAGCAGAUGAACCAUCUGUCCCUGGGCACUACAGGAAGUUACAUGACUGCUGCAGCCGCCGCGGCGCCUAUGCAAGGGACCUACAUUCCCCAGUACACUCCUGUGCCUCCAACCGCCGUCCCUGUCGAAGGAGUGGUGACGGACGCCUCCCCCCAGUCUGUGGCUCCCUCAUCACAGGAGGUGGCAGGCCAGCAGCAACAGAUGCAGGUGGACAGUGGUGCCGACCAUGUUCCUGCUUACUCAUACCAGUCCAAAUAGCAACGGCCUGAGCGAAUGUUCCUGUGACAGCGUUGCCUUGAGACAGAAGGUGGCUGCACUGUGAAUGUGAGGAAAAAGAGAAUAGAAAGAGAUUGCUUCCAGAUUGCCCAGGCACCAAAAAAGAGACAAUUUUUUCAUUUCCUACCUGGCCUACGAGAAAAAAAAAAGAAAAAAGAAUGAAAGAAAGAAAAAACACACACACGAGAAAGGAGGCGAAGUGCUGAGUGAGGGGAUGGAGAGAAAAAAAAUUGCAGGGGCACAGUGCAAAGAAGUGAAAUUGUUUAGUCUGGGAACCUGCCUGAGGGGCUGGGCUGAAGCUUGAAAAGUUUCUCAAAGAAAAUUCUCUACUACCAAUAAAAAAAAGAACAAAAAAAAAGGGUUGAAUGCGCAGGUAGGUGAUGAAGUUUAUUUUGUAAUUGGAAGAGGGGGAGUCAAGUUUGAGAUACACACAGAGAUUGUCUUCCUCAGAUAUUAAGCUACAGUUUCUUUUCACUCUUUUUUAUGUUCUAGUGUUAAAUUUUAGUUUUCUAGAUAUAUUUGAAAACAAAAGUGUUUUUUCUUUCUUGAAUCUUCAUGGCCUUAAUUUGAAGGGCGCCAGAAAACUUUUUACGGAGUUCAACUCUGACGUCUGGUUUAGGGAAAAAGAUUUAAAAAAAACGACAAAAAAAAAAAAUACAAGGCAAACGGGAUCAGUGUCUCGCGCCAUGUGGAGGGAGCGAGACACUGGGCGAGCUGCCGUUAGGAGGAGGUAAAAAAAAGAAUCUAUCACAUAAGCUGUACAGAUUUAAUAGAGAAGAGCUUUUUUUCUUUUCUUCAUUAGAAGAAAACUUUGAUAAUUAUUAUGUCAGAGGUAACUAAGUGUCAGAAGAAAAACAAAGUGUCUGUUUGGGGGGGAAAAAGACUCGAGGUGGGGGUGGGGGGGGGGGAGAUGAAGCUCUGAAGAGAUUUUUCAACACACGAGGAUAAAAAAAUGAAAACAUAAGAAAACACGCUGCACUGUGGACGCAGUCUGUUGCAAAAUGCUGAACUUUUGUUUUUAUUAUCAUGAUUAUUAUUUUACAUGGCGAAACGUUGCUGUCGACGACAUUAGUGCUUUUUAAUCUGCCACAUUUUACCCUUUUUUAUGAGCUUUAAAGAUGUUUUUAGCCCGCUUUGCUUGUCACACUGCGAAAAAAGAAAAGAGAGGAGAAAAAAAAAAGAAGAAGAAAACUUGAAAAAAAUAAAAUAAAAAACCAAAAAAAAGUACAAAAAACUACGAAAAAUAUUUCUGGCAGUGAAAUAAAAACAGUAGAUUCAGUAGGAGCUUAAACGGUUUAAACCAAUCAGUGCAAAAGCAAUAGAAGAAAUUGUUGACAAUUUCUGUAGUCUUUCCUAGUUGUGGAUCAAAUGCAGCCCGUGGAUGGCCAUUUUUAUACCAAAGAUGAAGAGACACUCUGAAGCAGAGUUUUUUUUUUUUGUUGGUUUUUGUUUUGUUUCUUUCCUUUUCAUUUCCAGUUUGAUUUUGUUGUUGUUGAUGUUGAUGUUGUUGCUGAUGUUAAUGUUGAUAUUGUUGUUGUUGUUGUUGCUGUUGUCGUUGUUUUUUUUGUUUUUUUUUAUUUGACCUUGAUGGCCGGACCAGUCCUUACUAUCCUUCUUCUUUACAUCUUCUCACCGGGUUUAAGCUAAUGUUCCACGGUUGUCCAAGCUAUCACCACACACACACACACACACACACACACAUGCAGUAUGUUCACACACGUGCACACACUUACACACUCAUACACACCCAUCAGACAGUAUUUAAAUGUGUGAUACAACCGUUGGCAGCCCUACCAAACAUCCUUUUCCUCCAACUCCUCUUCUCGUCUUUUCAUUUCUUUAUGUCUUGUCACUUUUACGCUGCGUUCACACACCGUGGGUGCAUUCCGCUUGUCUCUCUCACACACACACACACACACACACACACUCUUUCUCUCUCAGAUCCUGCAGGGAAAACCUUAGGAAACAUUUUCUGGGAGAACGUCGCUCGCUACACUCCACGUGGUCGUCAGUGCAUCGCUUCCGGCUUUGUCCUCUCAGUGACGUCUGUCCUCAGUCUCUCUUUAUCUCUUUGACUCAACCGUAACUAACUCAACAUACUGAGCGUCAGUGUUGAACUGGGAAUCUCCCUGCUGCUGUUUGACCUCAUUUCAAUCUCCGCAGUCAUCACCAAACCCAGGUCGUGUUUUUCACUUAUUUAUCUGCUCACAUUUCCAGACGAGUGGUGUUUGCUGCAUGUUUCGCUCCAGGAUAAUCACAAACACAGGCUUUAGCAAUGAUUGCAUAAACUUUACGGCACCUAAUGGCCCUGCUAACAUGUUUAUGGCAUUAAAGCAACUGCUUUAGGAGGAAAUGUUCGACAAGGAUCUCAAAGCAACUAAAAGAUUGAUAUCACAGUUAUGUCUGGAGCAGCUGCUGGUUUUCUAAUCUUAGCACAAAGACUGGGAAUUUCCUUGUACCUGGUUUGUUUAGUUCAAACAAACCCCAUUGUAAAACGACCCUAUUUGGUUUUGCGUGUUUGGAUAUUUCUUGGCCGGCGACGUCUUGUCAUCUUCUCGUCUUUGUGACGUUGAUAGAAAACCAGCAGAGACUCCGGCAGGUUUCAUCUAAAACCCAGGAAACUUUGCUUUGCCUUCGCUCUGUGUCGAAAAGAAGUUUGUUUAAGGGUGGGCACCUGUGGGAGCUGAGGAGGCUCCUCACCAGCCAUAACAACAUGUUGAUGGCAGCCCCCCCACCACCACCACUGAGUGUCAGUUACGCCCCUGGUUGUCCCAAUUUGUUGCACAAACAACCCCCGACCCAUCUCAUCUGGUCUUUACAUCCCGGAGCUGUGCGAGAUUUUCGCCGGCUUCAUCCGAGGAUUGACCCUGAAGAAAUUGCCUGUGGGGGGCAGCGGCCAUUUCUGCCCCGAUUACAGCAGUGUGUGUGUGUGUGUGUGUGUCAGGAGCAGUGUGUGUCCGGCCCUGCCCCGACUGUAGCGCUCCGGCACUAAAAAGGCCCCCGUUUUCUCCCUGCCUCACUGGCACCAUUAAUGUGCCAUGGCCAGGCCGGGCUCCUUUGCUCUCAUUUUCCCUCGCUGUCAUUCCCUCGCUCUCGCUCUCUCUCGUUCUCUCUCGCUCUCUCUCUGAGGUUUCUUCUCUUUAUUGGAUGGUGCAGAAGCAGAACCACAAACCAAUUUCAGUCACUCUCGCAAUGAGGCUUGACGGGGCCCAAUUUGUCUCCCUGCGGGGCAAUAGGAUCCACUCCAGUGUCCCUCAAAAGACCCUUUUCUUCCCAACAGAGAAGGGGCUUUUUGUUUGGUGACGAUUGUAAUUGAGCUCCUGUCGUUAAUGCGACUCAUUCAGACCUAAAAGUCCGGCGCUGGGUUGUUUGACAAGAUGGCAAAGUCGUGUGGCGACGCUUGUUCGCAACAAAUCAAAUUGUACAUCGAGUGCCUUUUCAACAAAGCUUCCAAAUGAUUCCAAAUGAUCAACGUGAUGGUUUAAAAACAGCAAAGCACAUAGGAGAGCUUGAUAAAAACGUGCUAAUUAGAUGCUACACAAUAUCCAAGCUGCUCCAUGGUGCUAAAGAGGAAGCGGUCUCGGGCUUGUAUCUGCUGAUCGUUCAGGCCACCUCUCCACAUGACCACACACAAAACCAACAGGGAUACGGGUUCCUGUUCUCCUACGUGGUUUUUCCUUUUCCUCAGCAACACUGUAAACACCUGCUGCACGUUCACGUCUUCCACCCGCCGGCCGAGGUCAAAAGCCAAGCGCGCCAUUUCAAGCGGCCUCUCAGUGAUCGUUCAGCCGUUUAUUGUCCAAUCAAAUCAACACCUGCCCUUUUCGUUUAAUCUGAUCUGGCGCUCAACAUCUGCUUUCACUCUGCCUCCAGGCUAUGGUUUGCUCUUAUCUCCUGAUGAAUACGUCUCUGCCACAUUACAGUCUUUAGCAGCCAGCAGCUGACAAAUGUCGGGGGUGCCGAGCUCCCCGGACGUGCCCACACUGCUCGUCUGCUCGUCGAUGCAUGAACUCAUUGUUUGUUAAUCAUCGUUAAGUGUCCCGAUUAAACGACAGCGCUGCUACACGAUAACUUCACCAGUUUUAAGCUAGUGUGUGUGUGUGUGUGUGUCUGUGUGUGUUAGUCAGUGUGCGUGCUAACAGUUCAACUCCUAGCGAGGUUAUGAAUACGGCGAUAAUAACCCAAGUUCUCCAGACUUUUACGGCUGCUGUUUUAUAGAGUGCAGAAGACAUUUUUGGAACUUAAUAGGACUCGUAAUGCAGGGGUUGCACAUCGGGGAACAGAGCGUCCUGCGAAUGGCCUGAGAUUCAGCCGUAAUGGCAUCACGGGAAAUAGGAUUACAAAUAGUCAUGAGAUUACAGGAAAAAAAACGCACAACAAAGACUAUCAGCUCUAAGUGCUUCUCUGAGUGUUUGCUUUGGGUGCACGGUACUAAUAUUUCACGGAGAUCUGAGAGAUAACCAGACUGAACAAACAAAAAAUGGCUUCUUCUUAAUAGCACAAUGGCAUAAUGCUCCUGUGCAGAAUACCAAUACCUUUGUGCAAGUGCACGAGAGGCAUGCCUGCAAUUUUAAGGAGGCUUUAGCAGAAACGCUGCGCUCCCAGUCAGCCCAUGUGUCAGCACAAACCAGAAGCCAGCUGCGCCAAGGGAGAAACAGUGUGUGUGUGUGUGUGCAUGUGUGUGUGGUGGAGGCAUAACUCAUGUUGUGAGGACUUCAAUUUUUACACAGUCAAAUUAUGGGGACUAGAGGCCAGACUCCAUCACUUAAAUCCUUCAUUUUUAAGGUGAAGACAUGUUUAAAGGUUAAGGUUAAGUCGAGUAGAAGCUAUGGUUACAUGUGCGUGUGCAUGUGAGAGAAAGAGGGGGUCAUUAGAUGAUGUUGCCGGGUUAAGAUGGUCACAUCCUGGAGUUUCUCCAUCUUCCUGCAGCGCUACGUCCCUGCUGCAGAAUUCCAGGAGGUGACGAGCUUGACCUCUCGCUAAUUAGCAGCACACCCUCUUCCUGUCUUGCACCAUCACACGCAGGGAGAAUCCUUUCCGUCUGUUCUAACCCGUCACUCAUCCUUUUCCACCUUUUCCUUAUGUGUUUUGUAGAGAUCCAGAGGCUCACUUCGCCUCAUUUGCAACACAAAAGCCAUAAUUAGCAUCACGACAUCGACAUAGUUAAUUUGACGUGUUUUCGAUAAAUGACACAUACGCAACACUGAGCGCGGGAGAGGAUUUACAUUUGACUCUUACACCAGCAAAAGGCGCUGUCGCAGUGUUUGUUCAUAACCUUUGUGAAACGGCGUCCUGGAUUAAAGGUCAAAUUGCCGUCAUCUCACUCCGUGGGGACGUCGUUCAUAUUGCUGAGUAAACAUGAAACACGCUGGUGCUCAGGAUGAUCUUCUUUUGCUGCCGUGAUCCCAGAGAGUAAAGUUUAUGCAAUCAUGUCAUUAGAGUUUAAAAUGUAGUGAGAAGCAUCGUAUUUUGUGGUCGAACAUUUAUCUGGAAAUCUUGACGCAGAGAGAAGGAAGCCUCUCACACACUCUACAAGGUAAAUCAGAUAUUCUGUGAGUUCACCUCCUCUCAGAUACCUGAUAAAUACAGAUCUCGAGAUUGAACCGUCAUCCUGGUUUUCCCCCGGUGUCGGUCUUUCAAGGCGAGGUGCUCACUUAACUGCCUUUUUAAAAGAAAAGAAAAGAAAAACCCGUUUUCUCGAUGCAUCCCUUACUGUUCCAGAACAGUCACUGCCUCCAUCUUUGCAUCUGACGUGCACGUACGUGUCGUGGCCUCCGCGGCGUCACACGGGUUCGACUCAUCAGACGCGUUACAUGUCAAACUCCACACACACAGUCUGGCUGCGAGGCUCUCUGCAGAUUCAUCCUUGACUGGAGCCGUCUGACAUUGAUUCUCGUGCGUUAAGGAAAACAGUAGUUCAGAGUUACUCUCGCAUCUUGUCUCUCACAGCGAAGGAGAACCGGAGCUCAAUAACUCAUCACACACACACACACACCCACUCUUCACACACAUAAUGCAGUGGGAAGAUUGCUCAAACUAGCCCCCCACCACAAGAGCGAGGCCCCUGUGCUUUUUAAUUGAUGCUUCGGUCCACCUUUGAUGAGAGCUAUCGAUUGGCCACACAACCCCAGGAGUGCAGCCAGCCAGCGUGGAGUUCAUACAGCUCCCUGAGAAAAUCACAACCGUCCGAACGAGGAAAUGGCCGACCAAAUUGUUAAAGAGCCGGCCAGCACGGAGAGUGUGUUUGGCACGGGACUCGUUUACUGGACAAAUAGAGGAACUAUUUAUUAGGACAGCAGAGCGGUUUUUAAUUUGUGUUUUUGUUUUUGUUUCGAUUUCUCUCUUUUUCCGUUGUUUCCGUUCCCUUUUUUUUUUUUUCACUUUCUCUUUGUGUCGGCGCGAGGAGGACGUGGUCAUGCCUCGCACACGCUGCUCAGUGUGUGUGAUCUUUGAGAAACUAUCUGUACAUCUGUGGAUGUUAAGAUUCGACUUGGGUUUUAUGAGUUGUUGUUUUAUUUCUCUCACUCUCUCUCUCUCUCUCUUUCUCUCCCUCUCUCUCUCUCUCUCUCUCUGAUGAAGCUUUCAAUAAAAAAAAUUUGUGGAAAAAAGCA